CGUACAACCUUCCCGUCAUCCACUGGGACUUGCACAUCAUGAAAUGAAACAUGGCUGAGAAAGGCACUACAGGAGGAUCGGAAGCUCAAUUUGCUAAGAGAGUUGAUCCAGCGAAAGAGGCUCUGUCGCCGGAACAGUUGCGGUUUAUCCAGCAAGUGGAGGUCGAACAGUGGAAGAAAAGAACACACAAGCUACGGGGUCGAAAUAUCGCAACGGGCCUUGCAAUUGGUGCUAUGGUGAUGGGGAUCUAUGCCUACACAAUACACGCGGUAAAACAAGAAAAGGUCAUGGACGAAAUUGACGAGGAGGCCAGACUCCUCAAAGCGCAAGCACCAAAGACUGGGGCCAUCUGAGAGGCAAAAGGCGUAGAAACGUCCUGUGUGUCUUCAAGUUUGAACACAUUGCACUGCCUUUUGGACUGAGGGGGGCAGACAUGUUUUUUUUUUUCCCUUCCGCUGUUUCUACUACCAACUUGACAGUAGGGGGCGCAAGAAGUCAAGAUUUGGACAGCCUGUCAGCUUUCUUCGAGGACUUUCCUUUGGUGGUGAAUGAGGGUGUAGAGUCGUCUUGAUGUCUGAGUACAUAAGUACGUAAUAGAAAUUGUGAUGCUCCAUUUUCUUUUAUUGCUCGCAUCAUACCAUCAGGUACUCGUUUAAUAGCUAAAAGUGUGAAUGAAGUUACACUCUGUAAAAGAGGUUCAUCAAACUACAAUACAAUUCCUGGCUUUGGAGCCUUAAGGAUGAUUAUGAACAGAGUAUAACAUUAAAGUAAUUAAAUGGUAAAUAUUGAAAGAUUAUUGAAUGUGAUUUUUGCAACGUAAUAAAUGAUAAAGCGGCA